GGGGCGAGCGGUGUCAGCCGCGGAGCCGGAUGCGGGCGGCACGGCGGCGGCAGCGGCCCUGGGGAUGGGCGGAGCCCCAGCCGCUAGUGCUGGUGGCCGCCGCUGCUGCCCCAGCCAGAGCCUGAGCCGCCGCCUCUGCACCCGCGCGUCGCUGCUUCCCACGGCGGCGGUAUGCUGGGGAAAGGGGUAGUCGGCGGUGGCGGCGGCACCAAGGCGCCCAAGCCCUCCUUCGUGUCGUACGUACGCCCUGAGGAAAUUCACACAAAUGAAAAGGAAGUAACAGAGAAGGAAGUAACUCUUCACUUGUUGCCAGGUGAACAGGUGCUUUGUGAAGCCAGCACAGUACUGAAGUAUGUCCAGGAAGAUUCCAGUCAGCAUGGGGUCUACGGGAGGCUUGUCUGCACAGACUUCAAGAUUGCCUUCUUGGGCGAUGACGAAUCUGCAUUGGAUAAUGAUGAAACUCAAUUUAAGAAUAAGGUUAUAGGAGAAAAUGACAUUACGCUCCACUGUGUUGAUCAGAUUUAUGGAGUGUUUGAUGAGAAAAAGAAAACUCUCUUUGGACAACUGAAGAAAUACCCUGAGAAGCUCAUCAUCCACUGUAAAGACCUUCGAGUGUUCCAGUUUUGUUUGAGGUACACAAAGGAAGAGGAAGUCAAAAGGAUUGUCAGUGGCAUAAUUCAUCAUACCCAGGCUCCUAAACUGCUUAAACGAUUGUUUCUGUUUUCCUAUGCGACUGCUGCACAAAACAAUACAGUCACUGAUCCCAAGAACCAUACUGUAAUGUUUGACUCACUUAAAGACUGGUGUUGGGAACUGGAACGGACCAAAGGCAACAUGAAGUACAAAGCAGUGAGUGUCAACGAAGACUAUGAAGUCUGUGAGAGAUUGCCAGCAUACUUUGUUGUCCCCACCCCUCUUCCUGAAGAGAAUGUACAGCGUUUUCAGGGUCACGGCAUACCAAUAUGGUGUUGGUCCUGCCACAAUGGAAGUGCCCUUUUGAAAAUGUCAGCACUACCCAAAGAACAGGAUGAUGGCAUUUUACAAAUCCAAAAGAGCUUCUUAGAUAGAAUUUACAAGACCAUCCACAGGCCACCCUAUGAAAUUGUUAAAACUGAAGACCUGUCAAGCAACUUCCUAUCCCUGCAGGAAAUCCAGACUGCAUACUCUAAGUUUAAACAGCUGUUUCUGAUAGAUAACAGUACUGAAUUUUGGGACACAGAUAUAAAAUGGUUUUCUCUGUUGGAAAGUAGCAGCUGGCUUGACAUAAUCAGACGUUGCCUGAAGAAAGCAAUAGAGAUUACAGAAUGUAUGGAAGCACAAAACAUGAACGUUCUUCUUUUAGAGGAGAAUGCGUCCGACCUCUGCUGUCUCAUUUCCUCUCUGGUGCAACUGAUGAUGGACCCCCACUGCAGAACCAGAACUGGUUUCCAGAGCCUCAUCCAAAAGGAGUGGGUCAUGGGUGGCCACUGUUUCUUGGAUCGCUGCAACCAUCUCCGCCAGAAUGACAAAGAAGAGGUUCCCGUGUUCCUGCUUUUCCUAGAUUGUGUCUGGCAGCUGGUGCAUCAGCAUCCCCCGGCAUUUGAAUUCACAGAGACUUAUCUGACUGUUCUGUCAGAUAGCCUAUACAUACCUAUUUUUAGCACCUUCUUCUUCAAUUCGCCUCAUCAAAAAGAUACUAACAUGGGUAGAGAAGGCCAGGAGACACAAAGCAAGCCUUUGAAUCUGCUCACCGUGUGGGAUUGGUCUGUGCAGUUUGAACCCAAAGCCCAGACAUUGCUCAAAAACCCUCUUUAUGUGGAAAAGCCAAAACUGGACAAAGGCCAGCGGAAAGGAAUGCGCUUCAAACUCUGUCUCCAGGCCCAGAAUUUCUCCCCCACAGAGUCCGCAAAGGAGAGAGCAGUGAUGCAUCAGCGACAACUUUCCUUGCCACUUACACAAUCUAAGUCAUCUCCCAAAAGAGGAUUUUUCAGGGAAGAAACAGAUCAUUUAAUUAAGAACCUUCUGGGCAAGAGAAUUAGCAAACUUAUUAAUUCGUCUGAUGAGCUCCAAGACAACUUUCGGGAGUUUUAUGACACCUGGCACAGCAAGCCCACUGACUACCAUGGUUUGUUGUUACCGCAUAUCGAGGGACCUGAAAUCAAAGUCUGGGCCCAGCGCUACCUGCGCUGGAUUCCAGAAGCCCAAAUCCUAGGUGGUGGCCGAGUGGCCACUAUGAGCAAACUCUUGGAAAUGAUGGAGGAAGUCCAGAGUUUACAAGAGAAGAUCGACGAGAGACACCACAGCCAGCAGGCCCCCCAGGCCGAGGCCCCCUGCCUGCUGAGGAACUCUGCCCGCCUGUCCUCUUUGUUUCCUUUCGCUCUGCUCCAGCGACAUUCCUCUAAGCCAGUCUUACCCACCAGUGGCUGGAAGGCUUUGGGAGAUGAAGACGAUUUGGCCAAACAAGAAGAUGAGUUCGUGGACCUAGGGGAUGUAUGACCUACUUGUUGAGUGAUUGUGAGAGACUGGGACAGCGGAUCCCUGGAUUUGUGUCAUGCUGCAGCUAAUGCUGGCUGGGUCCUUAGCCUGGCACUCCAUUGGAAUAAACCUGGGCCUUCGGGAAAAAGGGUGGCUCUCAUUAUUUUUAAUGGUUCUAAAAGACUAUGCAAUUAAAACUGCAUCUGUAGUAUUAUUAAUUGGAGGGAAUUAUUACUUGACCUGCAAUAAGGUUGUGGCCGUUUUCUGACGCCUGAGUAUUAUACAGGGCCCGCAAUGGCCAGUUUACUACCAGAAAGGGCUUCAGUAAGAUAUUCCUGGACUUGAUACUUUCUUCGGACCCUCUUUGUGCCAAGAUAAUUUAUCCAGUCAUUGGGAAUAGUAAGUUUCUGUGUAACCCAUCUCAAUUAUAGAAGCAAGUUCAGCUUUACGUAUUUGUAUGGUGAUUGAAGAUUCAGAUAGAGGUAUUAAGAUGUGUGGCAUUUACUUAGACCAUCACAUUUUUCCUUUCUAUGCCCCCUUGCCUGUGAAACAGCUGGGAAGUUCCACUGGUAUCAUCCAUCCUGAUGCUUCAGGCCGUCCUCCCUCCUUCAUAGACUGUGUCACUUUGCCUAUGGGUGGGGCUAGACACCCACCCCCCCCGACUCUGUGCUGCCAGCCCCAGGUCUUCCUUCACCUGCUCCAAGCCACUCGCCACUGUCCCUCUGCACUCCCUGCCUUGGUGCGUGUAGUCCCAGUGUCUCACUGCUAAGCCUGUUGGUUACGCUGGGGGAUCUCUUUCUUUGCUUGAGGAGCUUCCGUUCCUCUGGAGUCUCCUGGUGUUUGGAUCAAGUUGCUUUGCCUUUUCGCCUUUUUCUACUUGCCUGCUGAGGCUUUGAGCACUUGUGAUUGCGGUUUUCUGCAGCAACCUCUGAGCCGAGUUCCUCACAUUCUUUUACCUUUACAGACUGAUGGGAUUGGGUCACUUUUGAAUGUGGCUUUCAUAGGAAAGCAGUUUAAACAUAAAUAUCAGAAGUGGCGAUGAUCAUAUGAUACCUCAGUGAUUUAAAAGCCAUAGAAGAAACUUGACUAUGCCUGGUCACCUUCUUGGAUCUGCUGUUGAAAUGAGAUACAUAUAUAUUUUAAUGCAGGAAAGUAUACUUUGUAAGGAGCAGUUUUUUUUGUUCUCAGUGGAACCCUGUCAAAUCCCAUAAAAGAGAGGAAAAAAACAAAACUCGUUAGAAUGUUUUAAAUCAAAUGUUUGCCUUUUACAUGCAUUUGCUCUUCAGUAUGGAUCCCAAUUUGAAUGUUAUGUGUAUAGAGAAACUUCCACUUGUUCAAGGGCAAUAAGAAAAUGCGAGGCUGGGUGUGGUGGCUCAUGCCUGUAAUCCCAGCACUUGGGGAGACUGAGGCGGGUGAAUUACUUAAGCCCAGGAGUUCGAGACCAGCAUGGGCAAGAUGGCAAAACCCUGUCUCUACUAAAAAUACAAAAAUUAGCCAGGUGUGGUGAUGCAUGCCUGUAGUCCCAGCUACUCAGGAGGCUGAAGUGGGAGGAUCCCUUGAGCCUGGGAGGUGGAGGUUGCAGUGAGCCAAGAUCAUGCCACCGCACUCCAGCCUGGGUGUUAGAGCAAGAACUUGUCUCAAAAAAAGAAAUUUGAAACUGUUGACUAAGAGGAGUUUCCAGGUUUGCACUGAAUUGUCUUUUGUACAUACAAUGAAUUGUUUUGCUGUGCUCCCCACUCCGUAUGAAUGCAGGAGCCAGACUGGUCUAUUAAGAUGAACAAAGGUUGAGGGGAGGGCAGGAUUCAUGCAUCUGGAGGCCAAACACGUGUUUCCUCUUGAUUGCCUUAAGAGUUAGUAGCAAGGUCGGUGUUAGGCUUGCAAUAGGGAUUUUAAAAUACACUAACUAGUUCCUUAGCUACUUUCACAUACAGUCUAUAGGCCUUCUUAAAUUAGCACUAACCCCCACUUCCUUCUUUGCCCCACUGCCUCCCAAAUAUGCUAUGGAGCUAUUUUUUUACCACAUUAUAACAUGAAUAUUUAUACAGUAGCCUCUUCAGGCUUCAUAAUUUUCAUUCCAAAAAUGCCCGGUGUGAUGCUUUACACUCUACGAAGUAUGGUUUAAAGGCACAAGGUCAUGGCCUUUGUCAUAGCAGUGAAUGUGCAUUUAAAUAUUUUUCUAUGAUUUUUUUAAAAUUACGAUAGAAAAAUAAACUGUUGUAACGUGUAAGGUCAUGACAAUUUUUGUAUUUAUAUUUGAAAUCAGAUUUCUAUAACUUGUAUUUGUGUACAGAAUUCUCAAUGGGUUUAUAUAUUGUGAAAUUUUUAUCCAAGAUUGGGACGUGGAUUAUGCUUAACAUUGAAAACUGAAAUGAGGCCAUUUACUUUGUUUAAAAUGCUGUACUGUGCAGGUUUGGAAAUGUACAUUACUUUACUGUAUAUAAUAUCUUGAGUUGUUUAUACCUCCAGGUUUUUACACUGAAGAUAAACUAGCUUUAAUUAAAUUCAAAAUGUUUUUUUCUUUAUAAGGGAAUAAGCUGUUGAGGUAAACCUGUAUACAUGUGCUAUUUUCUGGAUACACAAUGAAAGUUUAUACUUGUAUCUCACUGCAUCAAAUCUGAUUGCAGAAAUUAAAGCACAAUUUACAAG